UCACCCCAAAAUGGCGGCGCCCGUGGGACCGGUGAAGUUUUGGAAACCGGGCACGGAAGGUCCUGGUGUCAGUGUCUCGGAGGAGAGACAGAGUCCUGCUGAGAGUAGUGGUGUAACCAUCAUUUAUAAUCCUUAUGCUUCCCUUUCUAUCGAACAACAAAGACAAAAGCUGCCUGUUUUUAAGCUAAGAAAUCACAUACUUUAUCUAGUGGAGAAUUAUCAGACUCUGGUGAUUGUUGGGGAAACAGGUUGUGGGAAAUCAACACAGAUUCCACAAUACCUAGCAGAAGCUGGCUGGACAGCUGAAGGGAGGGUUGUUGGAGUGACACAGCCUCGUCGGGUUGCUGCUGUUUCGGUUGCAGGCCGAGUUGCUGAUGAAAGAGGUGCAGUGUUGGGGCAUGAAGUUGGGUAUUGCAUUCGGUUUGAUGACUGCACGGAUCCACAGGCUACAAGAAUUAAGUUUCUGACUGAUGGUAUGCUGGUGAGGGAGAUGAUGGCUGAUCCUUUAUUAACAAGAUACAGUGUCCUCAUGCUGGAUGAAGCCCAUGAAAGGACUCUUUAUACAGAUAUUGCCAUUGGCUUACUAAAAAAGAUUCAAAAGAAGCGUGGAGACCUUCGACUGAUUGUGGCUUCAGCUACCUUGGAUGCAGAGAAAUUCAGGGAUUUCUUUAAUCAAAAUGAGACCGGUGACCCCAGCAAAGAUACCAGUGUGAUCCUUACUGUUGAGGGGAGAACAUUUCCAGUGGACAUCUUUUACAUACAGAGUCCUGUUCCAGACUAUAUAAAAUCAACAGUGGAAACUGCAAUGAAAAUUCACCAGAUGGAGAAUGAUGGUGAUAUCCUGGCAUUUUUAACUGGUCAGGAAGAAGUGGAGACUGUUGUUUCUAUGCUCAUAGAACAGGCUCGGGCCCUUUCUCGUGCUGGAAUGAAAAAGCACCUCCGUGUUCUCCCCAUGUAUGCUGGGCUGCCUUCUCCUGAUCAAAUGAAAGUGUUUGAGAGAGUUUCUCACAGUGUCAGGAAGGUGAUAGUAGCCACCAACAUUGCUGAGACCUCCAUCACAAUUCAUGGAAUUGCAUUUGUAAUUGAUUGUGGUUUUGUGAAGCUUCGGGCCUACAACCCCAGAACAGCCAUCGAAUGCCUCGUGGUGGUACCAGUGUCCAAAGCCUCUGCUAAUCAGAGGGCAGGGCGUGCGGGACGGAACCGCUCUGGGAAGUGUUACAGACUUUAUACAGAGGAGGACUUUGAGAAGUUGCCCAAGUCAACUGUUCCUGAGAUGCAGCGCAGUAACCUCGCACCUGUCAUCUUGCAGCUGAAGGCUUUGGGAAUUGACAACGUGCUCAGGUUUCCCUUUCUUUCACCACCUCCUGCACAGUCAAUGGUACAAGCUUUAGAACUGCUGUAUGCUUUAGGAGGUUUGGAUAUGCACUGCCAUUUAACAGAGCCUCUUGGAAUGAGAAUAGCAGAGUUCCCUUUGAAUCCUAUGUUUGCAAAGAUGCUUCUGGAAUCAGGAAAUUUUGGCUGCUCCCAAGAGAUUUUAACAAUUGCUGCCAUGAUGCAGAUUCAGAACAUUUUUGUGAUCCCUCCAAAUCAAAAAGCUCAGGCUGCCAGGCAACACAGAAAGUUUGCUGUGGAAGAAGGUGAUCACCUCACUAUGCUUAAUGUUUAUGAAGCCUUUGUCAAACACAGCAAGAGCUCUCAGUGGUGUCAGGAACACUUUCUGAACUACAAAGGGCUUGUUAGAGCUUCUGUUGUAAGAGAGCAGCUGAAGAAGCUCCUCGUCCGCUUUAAAGUGCCAAAGAAGUCCAGUGAAGGUGAUCCAGAUCCAGUUUUGAGAUGCAUAGUUUCAGGAUUCUUUGCUAAUGCAGCUAAAUUCCACUCCACUGGAGCUUACAGGACUAUCCGUGAUGACCAUGAACUUCAUAUCCACCCCACUUCAGUGCUUUAUGCAGAGAAGCCUCCACGCUGGGUAGUCUACAAUGAAGUCAUACAGACUGCUAAAUAUUACAUGAGGGAUGUGACUGCUGUUGAGUCUGCAUGGCUCUUGGAACUGGCACCUCAUUUCUACCAACAAGGAACGGUACGGAAUCGGCAUAAAGCCCAAACGCAUCUUUCCUUGAAAGCAAAAAGAGCUAAAGUAGAUGACCAGUGAUUUGACAUGACUUAAGUCUUGUGCCAUCAGAUGCAGAACCUACCAGUGAUUGCAAGCUGGCUACAGUCCAUUCAGCAGUCAGUUCAUUAGCAGUACAUCAACUUAAAUAUUUAAAUGCCUGACAGGAUCUGUAGGGGUUUAUGCAUGACCAGCACACUGUAAACCUAUGUAGAGCUUGCAUUGUGACCAUUUUAUUCUUUGCCUACUUGACCACUGUUGUUAAUCUGGGCAUGUUGCUCCAUAGAAAUAGGUAGAGAAAAACAAUUUUAAAAGUAAGAGGACAUACAGGACCACAACAACCUGAAACCUUCAAGAAAGAACAUGAUUUCCUGGAUUGGUAUGUCUGCCUUAGAGAGUGGGGAAUAGGGUACCCUGCCUCCUGUUACCUGGAGCACUGUGACUACUACCGGCCAAACUGAGACUGACUCCUGACAACAGGAGCUCAGGGCAAUGAACAUAGUCCUUGACAUACAAGGGACUACCAUGGAAACAUUGAUGUCAUGUGGACCAUCCCAGACUGGUGCAGCUCGUGCUCCCAAGUGGUGGAAGUCUCCUGCCUGAGGCUGAGCUGCCCCGGUCCCUGUGCUGUAACAGCCCUUCUGCAGGCAGCUUUGUAUUAAAAUGUCUUGUAUCUGCACAUGAGAGUUGCUGUUUGGGGAGGGGGAAGAAGAGUAGCUCAGUAUUUUUUAAGGAUUAGACUAUAUGUUCACAAACAAUCAAAUUCACUGAUAGGGCUUUUCUUUCUUUCUAUCUAUUUUUUUCUUUUGGAACAAGAGAAAAGGUGUUUGCCUUUGACUGCUUGGAAAUACCAGAAAAUCUCAGCAGAGCUGUAUCAUGGAACACUGUUUUUUAGCCUCUGUCAUUCUGCAAAGAUGGAAAUGUUCUGUACUUUCCUAUAAGGAACAUAGUCCUAUAUAUUUCAUUUAUGAAUAGUCUAUUCUUUGCUUCUUGAGACUCUUCUUGUGUUACUGUUAAAAGAAGACUGCUCUGAAGAGUUGCUGCUUUGGUUUGGAUUCCGUGGCUCCUCUUCAGUAAGGAACUACACCUUUGUGUGUUUUAACAAGAUAGUCUGGAUACAUGUAUUUAUUUUUUCCAACCCUAAGGAUAUUUAUUUUCAAAACACAUUGUUUGAAGCUUUUAUUUUUGUAAGGCAACUGACUUGGUGCAUGUGUUUGUGUCAUGAUUUGAUGAAUGUGUUUGUCGUAAUGACUGGGAUUUUGGUUUCUGUUUUUAAAGAAAGGAUGUAUAUAGGCAAAAAUUUCUACAUAGAACAAAUGCCUUCCUCAUCACAGGACUGCCUUGAGAACUUUCCUCAGAGUUUCUUUACCUUCUCCCUUCCAAACACCUGCAGAGAGAACAUGUUGUGUCAUGUGCACUGUGUGGUCUGUUCAGUGUCUGUGUACUGAUUGCCAGCACAACAAGAUGUCCCAGUCUCUGUGUGUGGCACCAGCAGCAUGACAAAUCAUGUCACUCUCCUUGGCAUUGCCCCUGUGAACCUCACCUUUGUAUUACUCGUUAUCUCAGAGUCUCUCUUAGAGUGGAAGCUCUUUGGGGCAGGGACUGUCUCCCAGCGUAGCUGAGAGCAGUGUGGGCACUUACUAAAAGGAUUCAUUUUGCAGUGUUUUUUCUCUUUAAAGGAUCAGAGAAAGAACUUGAAUAUGAAGAAAUGUAAAAUGUCUGUGUCUCUCUGUCCUCUGGAAGUAUUCAAAUGAAAAAUAAACCCAUUGAAUCAAGGAA